AUGCCGAUAAUCGAGAAACCGCAUUGGACGCUCAAGGUUGAGCAGACAAAAUCUGCGUUCGCGGAGGGGAAUGCACGGUGGACAAACAGAGAUCUUGAUCCUGUUCCUAGACAUGCGAGGAAAUGGGGGGUUACGAGUUUUAUCUCGUAUUGGGUUUCUGAUGCUUUCAAUGCAGCAACAUGGCAGUUUGCAUCCUCCAUCAUCGCAAUCGGUCUAACAUGGCGCGAAUCCCUCGGCAUAGUCGGCCUCGCCUUCUUCAUCAUCUCCUUCGUCAUCGCGCUGAAUGGCGCAAUCGGCGUCCUGCACCACGUCCCCUUCCCGGUCAUCGCCCGCGCGUCCUGGGGGUUUUGGGGCUCCUACAUCGCCAUCAUAUCCCGCGCCAUCCUCGCAAUCUUCUGGUUCGCAAUCCAAAAUAUGAACGGCGCGAAUGCCGUGCGCGUCAUGCUGGGCGCCAUCUGGCCGUCUUUUCUCACGCUCAAGAAUGGGAUUCCGGCGUCGCAGGGCAUCGAUACCGCGACGAUGAUUUCGUUUUUCCUGUUUUGGCUUGGGAGUGUGCCGUUUCUUGUUAUGCAUCCGAAUGAGUUGAGGUGGCUGUUUAUGGCGAAGAGUGUGGUGGUGCCGGUUGCGUGGGUGGCGAUUCUCAUCUGGGCGUUUGUGGGGACGGAUGGUGGAGGGGAUAUGUGGAAUCAAAAGGCGAAGCUCGAGGGGAGUGCGUAUAGUUGGGCUUUUUUGUCGAGUUUGACGAGUGUGAUUGGGAAUUAUGCUACGUUAUCUGUUAAUCAGUCCGACUUCUCCCGCUACUCCCGUGUAAGCGUAAAAUGGCAACUCAUCUACGUCCCCUUCCUCCCCAUCGUCUUCACAUUCAUCUCCUUCAUCGGCGUCGCCGCCACUUCUGCCGGCGCCGUCAAAUACGGCACGCUGGACUGGGACCCCAUGGCGCUCAUCGCCCACUGGCCCUCGCGCGCCGCCCGCUUCUUCGCCGCCUUCUCUUUCGCCCUCGCCGCCCUCGGCGUAAACAUCUCCGCAAACUCGCUCUCCGCCGCCAACGACCUCACCGCCCUAUUCCCACAGUACAUCAACAUCCGGCGGGGCCAGCUCCUCUGCGCCGUCCUCUGCUGGGCGCUUGUACCGUGGAAGAUUUUAGCGUCAGCAGGCACGUUUCUAAACUUUAUGAGCGCUUAUGCGAUUUUCCUAGGCCCCAUUGCCGCCAUCAUGGUGGUAGAUUUCUGGGUCGUGCAUCGUGGGAAAUACGACACGUUGGCUUUGUACCAAUACCACGGUAUCUACCGGUACACCAAGGGUUGGAACUGGCGUGCCAUCGCCGCGUUUCUCGUCGGUGUCGCGCCAAACAUGCCUGGCUUCAUCAACUCCAUCAACACGAAUAUUCACGUCGGGGUGGGCGAUAGGCCGUACAAGUUUGGGUGGUUGCUGGGGUUUUUUGCGACAGCGGGUGUUUAUGCGUUGUUGGAAAUGGUGGUGGCGCCGCCGAGGGAGACGUUUAUUGAGAAGGCGGUGCUGCCGGAUGAGGUUUAUGAUGCUAAUGGUGGAGGGUUUGUGGAUGAGGGGGUUAGUUUGGGGAGUGGGGAGGAGGUUGCGGGGGAGAAGGUGGGGUGGAAAGAGAGGAUGAGUAAGAUUUUGUAA